AAACAGCUUCAAACCCUCUCUUCAGGGACAACCCCUAGACAAGGGUUGUCCUCCUGUCUUUGACAAUCCCCGCUCAAAGCGUCUCCUCUUUGAAACAGUCAGUCUAACGUUAAACAGAGUCCUAAUCAUUAUUCUCGUGGACACAUUUUUGUCCUCGCAGCUUUUCUGGUGCAGGGUUAAAAACAGAAGCGGAGGGAGGGAGGCGUGUGUGGGCUGGGAGGAUCUAUCUGGUCUGGAGUCGGUGGGUCGACGGAGCUGUUAGUACUGUAGGGUCUGCAGGAGGAAACUCUCUCCUUAGGACUCAAUAUUCAGAAACAAAACGGAAUGAACGACACUUUUCCAACUUUUCCCUCAGAGGGAGGAGAUCUUGUAGGAGGGAUUUACUCCGCCGGGACUGUACCGAUAACUAGAGCCGCUCUUGAAGACGUCUCCGGGGUGAAACAGAGUCGUUAAGGAACAGUAAUUAAUUACUCCAUUGCAGAUUUACUCUUCUUUUCGACUUUGAAGCGGUUCAAGAAAGUUGGUGGGUUUUUUUCAACGUCACUAGUUGGAUACGGACCGAAUCACCGCAGAUCCCUCUGCAGAUCCCUCCGCCGCUCCUGGCUCUACAGUCCAGUAACCAGAAGUCACCAGAAGCUGGUGGAUGAGGGCACGAUGGUUCCACCUCGCUGUUUCCUGCUGCUGCUGGUGGUUCGGUUCCCACAUGGACAGUCCAGACCAACCACGGAGGACAUGGACAAAGAUGCAGUGAAGUCCUCUGAAGAUGAAGAAGAUGAUGAGUCAUCCUCAGAGGAGAGCAAACUGUCCAAUGAGCUGUCAGCGAGCGCGCUGGCGCCACAGUGGUUGACCCCAGACAAGAUGGAAAAGCACCUGCACGCCGUUCCUGCCAGCAGGACGGUAAAGUUCCGCUGCUUAGCAACUGGAAACCCAGUUCCCAGCCUACGCUGGUACAAGAACGGAAAGGAGUUCCGGAAGGACCAAAGAAUCGGAGGCUUUAAGAUCAGAGAGCACCUUUGGACCCUGAUCAUGGAGUCGGUGGUUCCGUCCGACAAAGGUAACUACACGUGUGUGGUGGAGAAUGAACAUGGCAGUCUCAGGCACACCUACCUCCUGGAUGUCAUUGAACGUUCUCCCCACAGACCCCUCCUCCAGGCCGGGCUUCCAGCCAAUCAGACGGCAGCGGUGGGCAGCAACGUGGAGUUCGUGUGCAUAGUGUUUAGUGACCCACAGCCUCACAUCCGCUGGCUGAAACACAUCAGCGUGAACGGCAGCAGAGAGCACACAAACAGACACCCACAUGUCCUGGUUCUGAAGGCUGCAGGUUUGAACACGACUGAUGAAGAAAUGGGGGUUCUGAAUCUGAGGAACGUGACAGCGGAUGACGCUGGCGAGUACACCUGCCUGGCCGAGAACUCCAUUGGAGUGUCACACCACUCUGCCUGGCUCACCGUGGUGGAUGAGCUGCCUCCCUCCCCGCUGCCCUCCCAGACCUACAUGGAGAUCAUCAUAUACUGCUUGGGCUUCUUCAUCAUCAUUAUCAUACUCACCAUCACCGCUGUCAUCUGCCGGUUCUGCUGUGUCCCGAAGAAGAGCGACUUCAGCAGCCAGAUAGCGGUCCAGAAACUGGCCAAGAGCAUUCCUAUGAGGAGACAGGUGUCGGUGGCGUCCUCGUCCUCCCUACAGUCAGGGAAGUGUCUGAUGCGACAGUCUCACCUCUCUGGCAGAGUCACUGCCCUGGCAGGAGUGUCAGAGUACGAACUUCCCUAUGAUCCCGUCUGGGAGCUGCCGCGGGAACGGCUGACCCUGGGGAAGCCUCUGGGAGAAGGCUGCUUCGGUCAGGUAGUUCUGGCUGAGGCCAUUGGCAUCGACAAGAAUAGACCCAGGCGCCUCACCAAGGUGGCUGUGAAGAUGCUGAAAGCGGACGCAGUCGAGAAGGACCUGUCCGACCUGAUCUCAGAGAUGGAGAUGAUGAAGACCAUCGGCAGACACAAGAACAUCAUUAACCUGCUGGGGGCCUGCACUCAGGAUGGGCCUCUGUACGUCGUGGUGGAAUACGCUUCACUGGGGAAUCUGAGGGAGUAUCUGCGCACUCGCCGGCCGGCUGGGUUGGAUUACUGGAGCGGGCUGAGGCGGGCUUCCCUGUGCAGCGUAGAUGUGCGGGAGCUGGUGUCGGCAGCAUACCAGGUGGCCAGAGGGAUGGCAUACCUGGCUUCUAAGAAGUGCAUCCACAGAGACCUGGCAGCCAGGAACGUGCUUGUCACCGAAGACAACAUUAUGAAGAUCGCCGACUUUGGCCUGGCCCGAGACAUCCACCACAUCGACUAUUACAAGAAGACCACAAACGGUCGUCUGCCCGUGAAGUGGAUGGCUCCUGAAGCUCUGUUCGAUCGCAUCUAUACUCACCAGAGUGAUGUGUGGUCUUUUGGAGUCUUGCUGUGGGAAAUCUUCACCUUAGGAGGAUCUCCAUAUCCAGGGAUCCCUGUGGAGGAGCUCUUCAAGCUGCUGAAGGAAGGUCACCGCAUGGAGAAGCCAUCAGCAUGCACUCAGGAGCUGUAUCUGAUGAUGACGGCAUGCUGGCACGCGGUUCCUGCCCACCGACCAACAUUCCAGCGGCUGGUUGAAGAUUUAGAUUGCACACUUUCUCAAAUAUCCAACCAGGAAUACCUGGACCUCUCCGUCCCCCUGGUCCAGUACUCUCUGGUCAGCAGCUUGGCUUCAGAUCGUUCCUGUUGCUCCGCAUAGUUGUCAUGGAAACGUUCCUGCAUCAUGUUCAUACUGCUUGUUGCAGUUCAGAUUAGGAUGACGAGGAACAGAAAAGACAUGUGACUGAGCUCAGAAACACAGACUCACCGCUAAAAAUGGACGAGUGAGUUCAGGACUGAAACAAAAUGGUGAAUAUUGUAAAUAAACUGGAUUAAUUAAAGAAACAGGAAGAACACACCACAAACACACAUGUAGAAAUAAAUCUGUGAUUUUGUAAUAUUUCCAGGAGCAUCUUCAACUCUAAUCAGUGGUUCAAUUUGUGUAUUUUCUGUUUGUUAUCUGUGAUGUCAUGAUAUCAGUGCUACAGUUUAUCCUGCAGCCGUUACACGAAAUACAUGUAAAAUAACUGAUUAACUGUAAUAUAAAAUGUUUUGACUUUUCUUUUUUUUUUGUUAUUCAAUGCUGGAAGUCAGUUCAGG